GAGUUAUAAUUAAAAGGAAUUUAAUUUAAUAAGAAGGUUUGAAUUUUUAAACAUGUAUUUAUGAAGCGGGAGAGAAAGUGGCGCUUAAAGCGGCCGGUAUGAGAACUAUGCCACCUCCACGCCCUUCUCAGUUGGCUCCACUAAGCCUUUGGUGUAGUCUAGUUGUAGUUGGUCGGAGGGUUCAGUGCUCUUGUGCGCGGUCCAAAGUGGGGAUUAAACACACAGGCAGAUCAGGUGGCUGACUUUUUCGUCCCACCAGUAGAAGGCGUGGAGUGACAAGACUUCCCAGAGGUGAGUCACAUUUGCCAUGACACUUCAGGCUACAGAAGAUCCAAAACCUGAGGAGAUGACAGAGUCUGAGCAGGCACCAGCCACUAACGGCCUCCCCGAGGAGGUUGAGGAAGAUGAAAAGACCAAAAUGAGACCUCCAGAUAUCGAUGCUGACAUGAGGGAGAUGGAACGAAGGAAACGAGUAGAGAUGAUAAUGAGCUCGAGGCUGUUCCGCGAGGAGCUCGAGAGGAUUAUCGAGUCACAAAUGAAGGAGGGAGGUGGACCCGCGGGCCUCCUUCAGCAAAUUCAGGACAUGGUCGGCGGCGCUUCGAGGCUUCAAGCCAAUAUUUUUAGAGGUUCUAAUUGCGUCCUUCCAAUUAAUGAUAUUAGAGGUAUUGAAGCAAUGGGUUACGCAAAAGGCGAAAAGGUUCUUCGGUGUAAGUUAGCUUCAGUCUUCAGGCUCAUGGACCUCUACGGUUGGUCCAAUGGUAUCCACAACCUAAUAACUGGACGACUGGCACAAGAUAAUGAAGAAUUUAUUGUAAACCCGCACGGAUUGAUGUACCACGAAGUAACUGCCUCAUCUUUAGUGAAAGUCGACAUGCAAGGGAACGUCGUUGAACAGGGCACAACCAACUUCUCUGUCAAUGCCGUUGCGUUCCAGCUGCAUGCAGCCCUUCACGCAGCCAGGCCAGACAUCAAGUGUGUAAUUCACGUCCGCAAUCCUCCAGUACUUGCGAUCUCAUCUUUGAAAUGUGGAAUUCUUCCAAUAAGUGCAGAGAGCGCAGUUAUAGGUGAAGUCAGCCAGCACCAGUAUCUUGGAAGUGCUGCUGAGCCUGAAGAGAGGGAAAAGAUUGCUAGAAGUCUUGGACCGAUUAACAAAGUUCUUUUACUCACCAACCAUGGUGCCCUUUGCUGUGGUGAAACAAUAGAAGAAGCAUUUUUCCACGUGUACAAUACUGUUCUCGCCUGCGAAACUCAGGUGAAAUUAAUGCCACUUGGUGUGGAUAAUUUAAUUACCCUUUCUGACGAGGGAAGAAAAUCUAUCCAUGAUUCGGCCCGAAAGGCGCCGCCAAAUGACAAGAAGUGGAGAGUCGGUGGGUUAGAAUUCGAAGCUCUCAUGAGAAUGCUUGAUAAUGCAGGCUUCAGGACUGGAUAUAUCUAUCGAAGCCCAUUAGUGAAGAAUGAGCUGCCCAAGCCUAGGAACGAUGUGGAAGUACCGCCUGCGGUUUCGUCCCUCGGUUACCUUCUUGAAGAGGAAGAAAUGUACAAGCAAGGGAAUUGGAAAAAGGGAGGAGUCAACCGAAGUGACCGCAACCGGUGGCUGAACUCUCCAAAUGUUUAUCAAAAGGUCGAGAUACUCGAGACGGGAACUCCAGAUCCCAAAAAGAUAACAAAGUGGGUGGACGCUAAUAGCGCUGAUGAGUGGGUCACAGACGGUUCUCCAGGACACACCAGUACGCCCGUCAAGAUAGACUCGGCGCUUCAGUUCGUACCCAAGAACACCAAUCCCAAGGAAUUCAAAAAGCUGCAACAACAGAUCAAAGAAAACAGGAGAGCUGACAAGAUCACGUCUGGUCCACAAUCCCAUAUCCUUGAGGGAGUAACUUGGGAAGAGGCCAAAAAACUACAGGAUGCCAAUAUUUCAAUGACAGGGGACCAAGUAAUUCUUGUCGGAGCUGCCUCCAAGGGUAUAAUCCAACGUGGCUUCCAGCACAACGCUACGGUAUACAAGAGCCCUUAUGCCAAGAACCCGUUCGACUCUGUCUCAGAGCAAGAACUGGAAGAGUACAAAAAUGUCGUUACCCGAAAACAAAAGGGAGAUUAUUAUGAAGAUACAGAGCAAAGUGAGAGCGAAGCACUCUCUUCAUCUGCUGCUCUAUCUUCCGCCGCACUCAUCAAAUCUGAGCAAGAAGAACCAUCAGAACCGAGAGUGUUGCGAAUUGAAACGAAAACAGCUCCUGCACCAAGCCAGGCAGAAGUUGUUUUGAGCGAUGAUGAUUUUCCUGACCCGCAUGUUGAACGUUCCAAAUCACAUAGGUAUCCACCAGUACAAGUUCCAGAUGUUAAAAGAAGUUCUUCCGCAGAUCGUGCUAUUGUUAAAGGUGAGAACACGUACAACGGGGACCACUCAGAUGCCCACCAAAGCACUUUCUCCCACAGCAGCAAGGAGGGUUCUCCUACAAAGGAUCUCUCAACGGAAGACUCUCCGAAGAAGGACAAGAAAAAGAAAAAGGGAUUGAGGACUCCUUCAUUCCUGAAAAAGAAGAGCAAAAAGAAGGCCGUGGAGUCAUGAAUGAGCGCUGAAUGAAGUGAAUGAACUUACUCUCUACUACCACUGCCCCCCUGCUCCAUCCUAAGUUUAGGUGCUUCGCGCACGUGCGCUCUUUACGCGUUCAUCCUUCGCUCAUCUCUGCUCCGUUGUUUCUUUCAGAACCAUUUUAUCAAUUAUUUACAUUUUUUAUGUGCUUAUCAAUGUACAGGCAAUAUAUGAAUUUAAAGAAAAAUAAAAAUUUAAAAAAAAAGAAAAGAAAAAGAGAUAUAAUAUAUAAAUAUAUUAUUAUAUAUAUAAAUAAUUAUUUAACUUUAUGUGAAAGAGAAAAAAAAAAAAGGAAAAGAAUAAGAUGAAAUCCCAUUGCCUCGGAGGCAGUUCGUACUUGUAUUAAUAAUUAUUAUUAUUGUUUGUAGAUCGAUUAUAGAUUUUUCAUUGCUCCCGUGUAUUGAAAACGCUUUUCUAAUGUUUUUAUUCAAGUGGUUUUUUUGAAUAAAAUUUUAUUGUAAAACCAGGAUCGAUGCAAACGAAAAAAAAAAAUUUAUAAAAAGAAGAACAAUAAAACUAGUUUCGUUAAUUGACAUCAGAUGAUAUGGUUAGCAUCUAAGCCGAAAAUUUUUCUUAUUGCCAUCUUUUAUAGAUAAAUUAAAUUAAAUUAAAAAUCUAGGCACAAGGAAUUUGUUUAGACAGUAGGCAGCUUAGGAGAGAAGCGCUAAGUCGGCAAAAAGUUUCAUUUAAAUGAUGUUAUAGAUCUUGAGUACGUUUUUAUUAUAAAUGAAAGUCUCAAGAACAUUACCACUAAAUGUUUUAUGUAAAAAAGAAUUAUCGAUGUUAAAAUUUUUUUUAAAUAAUAAUCAAAUCAAAUUUAAUGUUCACAUAAAUAAAAAUGUGUGAGCUAUAUGUUUUAUCACAUUCGUUCUGGAAGUUUUAUUUUGCUUUCUGUUUAAUGCUGCGUUUGAAUAUGAAAUGACACCACAAUUUUGUGUAUUUAUUUUAUAAAUCCACUUUUUAUUGUACUAUUACACAAACUGUUAAAUACAUUUAUUUUGAUUGCUAAGGUUUGUUAUUAUUUU